CCCGGCCACGCCGCGUGUUAGGACAGCAUACACACACAGGGGAGACCUGCCUGCAGCCCCAGACCCAGGGCUAGCAACCGUCCUGGCAGCCGCCGCCGGACACCGGCCUCUUCCCGGUUUCCUGAGCUCCCAACAUGAACCGCAAGAAGCUGCAGAAGCUGACGGACUCCUUAACUAAAAAUUGCAAGCAUUUUAGUAAAUUUGAAGUGAAAUGCCUUAUCAACCUCUUCUAUAACCUGGUGGGAGAAGUGACCGAGCGGCAGGGCGUGAUCAUCGGGCUGGACCGCAAUGCCUUUCGGAACAUCCUCCAUGUGACGUUUGGGAUGACAGACGACAUGAUCAUGGACAGGGUUUUCCGAGGGUUUGAUAAAGACAACGAUGGUUGCAUAAGUGUAAUAGAGUGGGUGUAUGGAUUAUCAGUGUUUCUCCGAGGAACUUUGGAAGAAAAAAUGAAAUAUUGCUUUGAAGUGUUUGACUUGAACGGGGACAGCUUCAUCUCCAAGGAGGAGAUGUUCCACAUGCUGAAGAACAGCCUCCUGAAGCAGCCGUCUGAGGAAGACCCUGACGAAGGCAUCAAAGACUUGGUGGAGAUCACACUGAAGAAAAUGGACCAUGAUCAUGAUGGGAAGCUGUCUUUCGCGGACUAUGAACAGGCCGUGAGGGAAGAGACCCUUCUACUGGAAGCGUUUGGGCCAUGUCUCCCUGACCCGAAGGUAACAGCAUGUGUUCACAGAACAGAGACCAAAGCAUCCUAUAGGAGCAGCAGCCCAGGACUCCCUGGUUUGGCAAGUGAUCAGAUGAGUCACAUUCACCCAUAGAAGAGGCUUCUAAAAGAGAAAGGCGGCCGAGAAAUAGGGCUGGUCCGUGUCUUUGAACUCAGGUAGUCCGCUGUGACUUUUUCAUUCACUAACUUGUUUGUUCCUGCAAGAAACUAUUAUUGAAGCGUAAUGUGGGCCAGAAACCCAGAUGAAAAACUCUAGGGCUGCACUCCAGAUCAGGGGAAAAAACCAACAGAAAAUGAUUACAUGAUAAUAAUUAUUAUUAUACCAGCAUUGCUAAUCAGUACCAUGAGCAGUGCUGGCAGCCCCCUGUGGCCUCACCUGUCCUCUGACAACCCCGUGAAGUCGGCAAUUAUCAUUGUCUUCAUUUUAUGGAUGAGGAAACCUAGGCUCAGAGAGUGUAGGUCACUUGCCAGGGUUCACUGAUCAUGGGUUACAGAGUCCCCGGACCCCGGGUGCUAGGGCUCAGAGGGGCAUGUGUGGCCAAGAGGGGACGUGGAAACUGCUGCAGGGAGUUGAGUGGACAGCUGGAGGGACAAGGCAGGCUUGCAGGUCCUGUGGACCCAGUGGUGAACCAGAUGCACGGGAGCAGCAGGGCCCACACAGAGGGAGUGUCAUGUGUGAGAGGAAAAGGGGGACAGUAUUAGAAGAGCAUCUGGAGUCGUGAGGCUGAUGAUGAGCCUGGAGGACACGGAAGGGCCCAGUGCAUGGAGCUCGGAGCUUGGCCUUUGUCUUAAAGGUCAUGAGGAUCUGUUGAAAGGUGUUAGGCAGGUGGAGUGAUGCAAUACAUGAAUAUUGCCAUAUUCCCACCCCAGUCUCUCAUCUGUGUCUCCAGCUGGGCUCGUGUCUUCCUCGACCUUGUCCCUUCCCCACCCCCAGGUCUCCCUCCAGCAUCUCAGCUACCACUGCAGCCUGGCUGUGCCAUGAUGAGCCCUCUGGGAUCCCCAGGGUGCCCACCCUCCUGCAGUCCCACUGUGGUGAGCUGAGCCCCUGGUUCUGGCCUGUGAACCAGCCCCUGGUUCUGGGUCUAAGCCUGUGGGCAGGGGCCCAUAGGAGCCAGGUCUCGCCCUCCUGGCGGUCCCUGAACCAGCGCUGGGCUGGAGCAGAGUCAGUACCUGAGAAUGAGCACACAGCCCAUCCCAGGCCCCCACCUCAUGCUCCUCAUCGCUGCCAGGCUCUUCGGAUGUCAGGCAGACACACAGAACACUUUUUGUUAGUCUGUACUAAUUUGAACACUUCCAUUUCUCAGAGCCAGAAAGAAUUUGAAGCCCAAGUAUUCAAAGAUCCAAAUGAAUUCAAUGAGGUGUGAAUUCCUAAAUGUCA